UACUUAAGGAAAGAAAAAUGAAAAAAAAAAACUGUCUCCGCUCUGCCCACCUCCAAGCAAGAAAAUGAGAGAGCAUAUCUUAUCAGAUACGUUCUCCGAAGCAGACGACAACGAUGAUGAUGAUGAUGGUGGGGUUGUUCCUCAAAAAAUUUUUGAGGAUGCAAAACAAAAACAACGCCUCUACCUCAAGAAAUUUAAUGAUGUGUCCCUUCAACUGCAGGAAACCAAAAACAAGUUGUCGGACCAGGAGAAGAUCACAGCAGCAGUCGAGGCUGAGAAUAGCACACUACGAGCGCUAAACAUACAACUGCAGCAACAUUUGCUGAAAUCACUGAACUCUGUGCAAUGCAAUGAUCCUGUAUCACAAAGCCCAGAGAAGGCCUUAAAAAUUGCAGAGUCUGGCUGUGCAGAUGAGGUGGGACCCUCUGCUUCUCCCAAAGGAGACGAGAUUCACUUGGGAGGGGAAGUAAGCAUUCGAAAAGAGACGUGGUCCAGGAUCCAGAAUAGCACCAGGGAUUCGUUAUUUGUGAAAGAGUUGGCAGUGGCGAUGUGGGGCACUAAAACCCUGGGGGAAAGGAGCCUCACGGAGAAAGAAUGCCCCUCCACCAAAACCACCAGGCAGCCUUUAACCCCACAGAAACUACACACAUUAAAAGUCUGUUACAAAGAGUGGCUGCGUCGGAAGAAUCUGGAGGAGACGGAGACGCAGGCCAGAUGGGGAAAGGCUGGACGUUUCAUAACUGAAAAAAUUAUGGACAUUAACAAACAAACAAACAAAAGCCACUUCAGUGAGAAUAAGAGCACUCAAAGUGCCAUGCAAUGUAAGGGUACUUAAGUUUUGUUCAUUUUGACGAUGUUGUGAUUUGCUUGUUUUUUAUGUUAAACAGUAAUUGUUUAUUGGUUCUUGUUAUUAUUAAAUGAAAAUACUGUUUUGAAAACAUUUAUGUCUUUAUUUUGGUGGUUACUAACAUACAUGAAACAAAGAAGCAUAAUAUCUUCAUCAUUUUCAUUAUACUAAAAUUCAAUGCGGUUGUC